AUGUGUGUGUGUGCGUACGUAUGUAUAUUCACUGCCCCACCCUUCUCCCUCCCAUCCUCUCCCUUUCGUCCCUCCGUUCCAACACCAGGCCGCUACAGCACCGGUACAGACAGGAAGUUCACCCUAUUGGAGGAAGUGUUCAGGAAGUUUCCUAAGAUGCCAGUCAACAUCGAGAUCAAAGAGGACAACAGCUUGCUGAUUGAGAAAGUACAGGACUAAGCUGAAUUGAAUCAAAUCCAACUUUAUUUCAACUUUACAUUGUUUUAAAGUGACCCAACUGAGCUGAAUCCAAUUAAAUUCAACAUUAUUUACAGAAUAUACUUUAUUAAUAAAGUUAAAUAUAUCAAAAUCAAAGUUAUAGAUAUAGCAGCAAUGAACGGGGUUCACAGGAUUACAGAAAGGACACAAGAUAGUUGGAUAACAAAGCAAGCAGUCUAUCAUACACACAAAAAAAAAAAAUGUAUGCACGCAUGACUGUAAGUCGCUUUGGAUAAAAGCGUCUGCUAAAUGGCAUAUUAUUAUUAUUAUUAUCAUGUAGGAACUAUCUUCCUUUAUGUGCAAUCAGUGAAAGCUUUACCAUGGUUAUCUCUCAAUACCACAAGGACGACGACAUCUAUUGUGCCACUAACUGGUCUGGUGCAGCAAUCCAAUGUUACAGUGACUUUAUAGUCACACAGCUUCUAAGGACAUAUACACUGGUUUACAUACCAAAUUUCAUGGCCCCAUGUCCAUCGGUUCAGUUCUUAUAGCCUUGGUGUGAUAUGGUGCCAUCUAGUGGUGUAACGUGGCCGUCUUUGAAUGCAGCAACUGAUCAUUCUCAUUUUUUACAUUGACAUUUUAGUCAUUUAGCAGACGCUCUUAUCCAGAGCGACUUACAGUUAGUGAGUGCAUACAUUUUCAUACUGGCCCCCCGUGGGAAUCGAACCCACAACCCUGGCGUUGCAAGCGCCAUGCUCUACCAACUGAGCUACACGGGGCCUAUUCAUUAGAGGCUAAUUCAUUGAGUCUAUACCAAAUCUGGAGUUAAAUCUGAUUCAUGGUUCGUGAGAAGAAGAUUUGAAAAGUAUUUUUAGCAUUAGCAUAUGUGCUAACGUGUAUUUAUAGGUACAGUGCAGCCAUAUUUGAAUGCAGCAACUAAAACCAUUAAAGACUGAUGUAAUGAGUCUAAAUACAAAAUCUGGACUGAAUCUGACAUAUGGUUCUUGAGGAGAAGAUGAUUGCAGAUGAUUUUGAGCAUAAGCGUUACAUAUGCAGAAUGAGUUGUUAAUAGUUUCCUUGUUUUUUUAGAUAUCAAUACCAAUUUCAGUGUAAUUCAUCUUAGAGUCCUUGAUAUCCUGACGGGCCUUAUGGGUCCUUGAGGCAAAUUUGUUCAGCAUGAGGAAAGACACCUAGGUCAAACAGGGCGGCGGAUAUGAGGGUUUAUGUGAGACCGCUUAUAACAGUGCCACCUAUAGGCCAAUCGGUACCAUUUAUUUUGCCCAAUUUUACUCAUGGUCUCUAGUUUCUGUGUGCCAAAUUAGAAAAAAAGUUGGCAAUCUAUGCUUGAGUUAUUUGACCAUGUCAAGGAAAAAAUUAUCUAAGAAUAACCAUAGGUUUCACAGCUUUGCUGAAUGGCUAAGUCACAGACAACGAAUAACUCCUCUCACCCUUUCUCUCCCUUUCUGCCCCGGUCUCCAAACAUCUCUCUUCCGUCUCUCUCUUCCAUUUCUCUCUCUCUCGCUCCAUACCUCCUUCUGUCUCUCUCAGGUGUCCAACUUGGUGAAACAGUAUGAUAGAGAGAACCUCACAGUGUGGGCGACUGCAGACUCUACCAUUAUGAACAAGUGCUGCAGAACUGUAAGUGUCAACUAGGGGGAAAUACAAUAAACUGAACCAGGGAUCUCUAACUCCAACUCCUCUCCUAGGGAGAGAUUUAUUUUCUUGCACUCUCUCAACCCACCCUCUCUCUCUUCCCUGUCCCUCCUGCUCUCUUCCAUCCUCUAUCUCUCCUCCCCUCUCUCUCUCUCUCUCUCUCUCUCUGCUCUCCCUCUCUCCUUGUAGAACUCCACCAUGCCCUAUAGUUUCAGUAUGAGACGAGGGCUGCAGCUGCUCCUCCUUUACUACAGCGGCCUGCUGCCCUUUGUACCGCUGGGAGAGAGCUUCCUGCAGUUCUACCUGCCCCGCAUUUUCAACAGGUAGGUGUGUGUGUGUGUGUGUGUGUGUGUGUGUGUUUGUGUGUGUACGCGCGCAUAUGUGUUUUUUUGCGUAUGGGUUCCAAAGUUAACAUGCUGAUACAGUACCCAUCUGACUUCACCAUCAUCUGACUUCACCAUCAUCUGACUUCACCAUCAUCUGACUUCACCAUCAUCCGACUUCACCAUCAUCUGACUUCACCAUCAUCUGACUUCACCAUCAUCCGACUUCACCAUCUGUUCACUUCUCGUUCACAUCAUCUGACUCAACAUCAUCUACUUGCACCAUCAUCUGACUUCACCAUCAUCUACUUCACCAUAAUUGACUUCACCAUCAUCCAAACUUCCACUUCCAUACUAAACUCAACCAUCAUCUGACUUAAACCACUGCAAAGGUGUGUUGUCACAGUUUAUCUUAAAUGCACAGGAUUGUGGACCAGACUUUCUAUUGUUCUAAUCUGUCAUGGCAACCCUGUGUUUCGUUAUGCGCGCUGUGUGUUCUGCCGUGCUGUUGUGCGUGCUUGUUCGUAAUUGUACUGUAUGCUUCUAAUCUCAUUCUAUUGAUGCCGGACAUAUAUUCCUGAGGAGCGUCUUCUGAAGAACAGAAGGUCUCUAUCUGUUAAAAAAGGGGGUCAUUUAUUACAGUAAAAAAGAUUUCCCUUUCCUUACUAAAAAAAAAGCCCCUAUACAAGCUUUGGAAAGUUUAAACCCCCGCAAAUGUUUAUGUUUUUCCAGAUUAACGAUGAGGAAGAGUCUAUUCAAACAUCUGGUCAACAGAGGAAUUCAGGUACAGAGCAACCAUCAUCAUUAUCAUCAUCAUUAUCAUCAUCAUUAUCAUCAUCAUUAUCAUCAUCAUUACUAUUAUCAUCUUAAUCAUCAUUUUCGUUACUGCCGUCACUUCCUAGCCCCUUCUGCUAACUUCUACCGCUUCAGUAUGUCAUGGGCUUUCAGUAGGCUCAGCAGAGCUCCUGUUACAUCCCACUUUCUCUUAUCUAGCCCUUUAAGAACUGUAGACUCUGAGGGUGUAGGGCAAGGGGCAAACAUAGGAGGGGGUCCAAUCCAGCCCAAUUUUAGUGCAAUUUCUCUGUUAUACUGAUCUAUAAUGGGCUUAUGGAUGAUUAGUGGGCAACGGCCGGCCCCCCAAGAUGGGUCGGCCGGGUUUUCUGAUAGACUGAAGUCACGCAAACUCAUAUUCAAAGUCAAACGCGGCAUCAGCAAAGAGACCUGCUCCGACUCUGUCAUCAGUUAGAUAGCCAAGAUCAUGGGUCGUAAAAAACGGAAAGGGUGCCUAUAAACGUAGAAAGGGCACAUUCUACAUUGUCACCUCACUCAAAACGUCCUAUUUAUUGGGCAGCUAAAACCAUGAUUUGGUCAAACAGUAAAGUACAUUAUCCUCAUGAAGUUUCCACUUCUUCAGGUGUUGAACCCCACAUUAAUUAGUUUAGGAUAUUAGUUAGUGCACAUAAACAUGUAUGUAAUUCAUCUCUAUUGAACAAAUAUAAAUCUGGAAAUUCUGGAGUCCUAUUUUGACAAUAAACCCCAAAUUCAUGACAAUCACUGAAUUAGCACAUAAAAAUAUCUUAACAUGCAUUCCUGCUUGGACGUGAAUACCUCAGUAGUCUAUUUAUUAUCCUUCUUAAUAAAGCACUACGAAUGACUUUAUAACAUGAUUACUCAUGAUUUGGGUCCGACCACCAACUGUAAAAGUAAGUGGCACCAGUGUAAAAUGAUAGUCUGGAAGCCUGUAAUAGAAAUUAAUAGGAUAGGUGUUGAUUCAGGGGAAAAACAUAUGAAAGGCACUCAUUUGCAAUAUAGGCUAAGGCCUAGAUUCAAUCAGAUCAAGCGUUAACCGGCGAUAGCUGCACUGCUGAUGUUUUGGCGGUGUUGGAGGUGUAACAACGUUGGAGCUGUCAAAUCGGUGUGCAGCUGCUCUUGAUUAUUGUCACAAAGCCACACCCGUCCCACUCACGUUAGAAGUUCAGAACAAAAAAGUGUAGGCUAUAUAGAAAUAAUGACGCUCAUAUUGAAAAUCAUUAAACAAAAUAAUGAGGGUUUCUAUCAGCCAAAUCGAAGUGUAGAUUAACAUCUCAAAUUCCAGUGUUCGAAAUUAUAAACAAGGCUGCAUGGGAUGCGACUCCGUGCAGCCAAUGACAAUGUCUGCUUUAGGUAUAAUGCCAGGAGCUGCUUGUGGAUUUGACAGCUCUAACACAGUUCCGACAUUGCCAAGACAACUGCUAUGCGGCUGUUGGCUAAAGCAGAAGAAGCACAGAGGAACAGCAGAGAAGAUGCUGAGACAGAGACACACACAACAGGGAGGCAAAUAAAAUAGCUAGAGCAGAGGCACAGUUAUAGUGGUGAGUUGUAUCUCCAGUGGUGCUUUUACAUACAGUGGGGGAAAAAAGUAUUUAGUCAGCCACCAAUUGUGCAAGUUCUCCCACUUAAAAAGAUGAGAGGCCUGUAAUUUUCAUCAUAGGUACACGUCAACUAUGACAGACACAUUGAGAUUUUUUUUCUCCAGAAAAUCACAUUGUAGGAUUUUUAAUGAAUUUAUUUGCAAAUUAUGGUGGAAAAUAAGUAUUUGGUCACCUACAAACAAGCAAGAUUUCUGGCUCUCACAGACCUGUAACUUCUUCUUUAAGAGGCUCCUCUGUCCUCCACUCGUUACCUGUAUUAAUGGCACCUGUUUGAACUUGUUAUCAGUAUAAAAGACACCUGUCCACAACCUCAAACAGUCACACUCCAAACUCCACUAUGGCCAAGACCAAAGAGCUGUCAAAGGACACCAGAAACAAAAUUGUAGACCUGCACCAGGCUGGGAAGACUGAAUCUGCAAUAGGUAAGCAGCUUGGUUUGAAGAAAUCAACUGUGGGAGCAAUUAUUAGGAAAUGGAAGACAUACAAGACCACUGAUAAUCUCCCUCGAGCUGGGGCUCCACGCAAGAUCUCACCCCGUGGGGUCAAAAUGAUCACAAGAACGGUGAGCAAAAAUCCCAGAACCACACAGGGGGACCUAGUGAAUGACCUGCAGAGAGCUGGGACCAAAGUAACAAAGCCUACCAUCAGUAACACACUACGCCGCCAGGGACUCAAAUCCUGCAGUGCCAGACGUGUCCCCCUGCUUAAGCCAGUACAUGUCCAGGCCCGUCUGAAGUUUGCUAGAGUGCAUUUGGAUGAUCCAGAAGAGGAUUGGGAGAAUGUCAUAUGGUCAGAUGAAACCAAAAUAGAACUUUUUGGUAAAAACUCAACUCGUCGUGUUUGGAGGACAAAGAAUGCUGAGUUGCUGAGUUGCUGAGUUGCAUCCAAAGAACACCAUACCUACUGUGAAGCAUGGGGGUGGAAACAUCAUGCUUUGGGGCUGUUUUUCUGCAAAGGGACCAGGACGACUGAUCCGUGUAAAGGAAAGAAUGAAUGGGGCCAUGUAUCGUGAGAUUUUGAGUGAAAACCUCCUUCCAUCAGCAAGGGCAUUGAAGUUGAAACAUGGCUGGGUCUUUCAGCAUGACAAUGAUCCCAAACACACCACCCGGGCAACGAAGGAGUGGCUUCGUAAGAAGCAUUUCAAGGUCCUGGAGUGGCCUAGCCAGUCUCCAGAUCUCAACCCCAUAGAAAAUCUUUGGAGGGAGUUGAAAGUCCGUGUUGCCCAGCGACAGCCCCAAAACAUCACUGCUCUAGAGGAGUGCAUGGAGGAAAGGGCCAAAAUACCAGCAACAGUGUGUGAAAACCUUGUGAAGACUUACAGAAAAUGUUUGACCUGUGUCAUUGCCAACAAAGGGUAUAUAACAAAGUAUUGAGAAACUUUUGUUAUUGACCAAAUACUUAUUUUCCACCAUAAUUUGCAAAUAAAUUCAUUAAAAAUCCUACAAUGUGAUUUUCUCAUUUUGUCUGUCAUAGUUGACGUGUACCUAUGAUGAAAAUUACAGGCCUCAUCUUUUUAAGUGGGAGAACUUGCACAAUUGGUGGCUGACUAAAUACUUUUUUCCCCCACUGUAUUGUAUUUGUUUUAAACAUGAGCUGGUUAAAAAAGAGGAGGAGGACCAUGUUUUGCCAGUCACUGGUACAGAAAUGGUUGGACUAUUUUUUGCAAAUUUUGACGGCGAGGACAUAAAACCAAUUUUCAGUGCGGCGCUCUUCAACUUGUUGAAGACCGAAUGCGCCCCCGGGUCAAAAUGAGUUUGACACUCCUGGUGAAGGGACAGGUGACUGAAAUAGAACCAAGGUCAUGUUAAUUUGAGAACACCGUAGAAAAACGUUGUGCAACGAAAAAUGAAAAUGAGCAUUUCUCAUUGAAUGUUAAGAUAUUUCAACUCCCUGUUUCACUUUGUUUUGGACAAUUUUCUUCUGUUUUGUACCUAAUGAACACGACCCAGCCCUCUCACUCAUAUCCACCCACAUUAAAAAAAUACUAUAGUAAUUAUUGUAGUGUUUUUGCGGAUUUUAGUAUACUGUAGUAAUCACUGUAGUGUUUUUGCAGAAUGUACUAUACUGUAGUAUUUACUAUAGUGUUUUUGUUUUAUUAUCUUUGACAUAGAAGUGGAGGCUUUCUCCUUGAGGAAACCUACUGGAGAAAUAAAUACUAAAAGAGCAAAUUUUCCAUAACCUGUAGGUAGGUAGGUAGGACUGGGGUCUGAAUGAAUAGUUCAGAGCUUCUGCUCUUUUCUAUAACCUGUAGGGAACACAAUAUAUGGUCUACACAUAGCAUGUAGGUUUCUCACUUACAAUGCAUUCGGAAAUUAUUCCGACCCCUUCACCUUUUCCACAUUCAAAUCAGCCUUUAAUUUCCUUGCACCUUACGUGUGGAAUGAUCUACAAUACACUUUAAAAUUGGAGGAAUUGGUGCCUCAAUGACAUUUCAGACAGUUGUUAGGGGACCUUUUUACUGAGGAAUGUAUCUGUUUUUUAUUUUGUGUUUUAAUUUUUGUGUAUAUAAUAACGUGUAUUUAUUGUUUAUGAAUGUGUAGUUUAAUGUGUUUAUUGUAUUUUGUAUUGUGGCGCUUAUACAGGGCUCAUCUGGAAAAGAGACAUUGGUCUCAUCAUUGACUCCCUGUCAAAAUAAAGGUUAAAUAGAAAAAUUGUAUUUACUAUAAUUAAAGUGUUUUUGCGGACUAUAGUGUUUCUGCAGACAUUACUGUAGUAUUUACUACAGUGCUUAUUUUUGCGGAUAAUACUGUAGUAUUCACUAUAGUAUUCUACAGUAUACUACAACAUUCUAAAGUAAAAUUACUACACAUGAUCAAGGGAUACUACAGUGUGUAGUACAGUAUUCUACAGUAUACAAAAGUUUACUAUAGAAUUCUAUAGUAAGUACUGUAGUAUUUUAAAGUAAGCUGUAGUAUUUUUUCAUGUAGGAUAACUGACGUCUGGCCCUCUCUGUCUUCAGGUGCACCUGUUCGUCUGCAACGAGGAUCCGGACAUCGAGGUGGCGUUCGAAGCAGGAGCCACAGGCGUCAUGACAGACUACCCCACCCUCCUGACUAACUAUCUACACAGACACAGGAGUCAAGAUUGA